AUGGCGCCUCGAACUUACGGCAAGAAGAAGAGCUCGCUCUUCAAGGCUUUGAGCUCGCGUCGCCGCCGCCGAUCUACCGCUGCCUCGCCAUUUGAUGAAUCCCAUGAAGAUGAUAACGGCGAGUCGGGCUUGGAGCCUUUUCCAGCCUUUGACGAGAACGCUGGUCUCUCGCGACCACCCCACGCGGGCCAGCCUACCACCUCCCCUGUGGUCGAUGCCGAUGAGAUUGAACGGAAGGUCUCUGCCAUGUUGGCAGCAACCCAGGCUCUCAAGCCAAAGACACCUCACCCCAAAGGCGCCGCGGCGUCGAAGGUCUCGCGCAUGGUUCCAUCCGUAUUGGCCAAGAUGUCAAACGCUUGGGACAGACUCAGCAGCAGACCAGCCACCCCAGAAUCUACUGAAGCCGCCAAGAUUCGAAAAGAAGCAAUCCGACAUAACGUCGACGGCCCUGCGUUGCGGUCAACCACUCACAUACCGGCUCCGCCAGCCCACAUUUCGACCGAGACCACGGCGCUGCGCCGCACCGAAGGCACAAACUUGAACAAGAGAAAGGCUCAAAGGAUCCCUGGGGCGAACAUGAGCGGCAAGCUGACCUCCAGCGCUCGCAAGUCCUUGAAAACGGAUCAGGCUGUCGAUGUUUCCGGCGGCGAGCCAACCGCGCUGCAGCCCCCAAGUGAUUUAGAAGUCUGGCGAAUGUUUGUCGAAAUGGGCGAGGCUGGUGACCCAGCCCGAAUGGCCGCGCAUGGGUCCGACUGCCCUUUUGGCUCCGAAGCGGGAUUCGAGCAGAAUCUCGAAGAUAGGAUCUUGAACACCCAGCCGACCGGAUCCUCCACGCCUCGACCUGGCUCACCAUGCAAGUCAUCCAACGCCUCUGACCCAAAGUCUGCGUACCCUUCCGAGGGGGAAAGUCUCGCGUCGGAUGUUAAGGUCAAUCUGGCCAAAGUUGCUGUCAAGCUUGGAGAUGACGAGGCGAGGGCCACGAUUCGCCAGGUUGAUGUGAAGCAGAGCGCCUCGGUGAAGGGUACCGCUCUAGCUUCAGGCGCCGAUCGACGGGCCAAAUCAAAUGUCUUUGAUCGCAUCAACGCCAUCAAGGGGGAGGAGAGGCAGAAGAAGCACCCUUCCCCGAGCAAGCAAGAGCUGGAGAAUCUUGAGCUGGCUUUACAGUGGUACCUCCCGCUGAAAGCCACCAAGCCAGAUCCUCAUGUUGACUAG